AUGAGGGCCAAACGUUCUAAAAAGUACCGCAAGCUCAUGCAUCAGUAUGAGAUGACAUUCGGCUUCCGCGAGCCUUAUCAGGUGCUCGUCGACUCGAAUUUCUUACAGGCAGUCCACAAUUUCAAAAUGGAACUGCUCCCUGCUCUCGAAAGAACUCUGCAGGGAAAGCCUAAGCCACUUCUCACAAAAUGCUCCCUUGCAGCUCUAAUGGCUAAACAACCCAUUAACCCCAAAACCAAUCAACCCUACCGCCCACAUCAUCUUCCCCCGCCAACAGAACUCCCCCUCCGUCACUGCUCCCACAAUGCAGCCUCAACACCAAUCGACGAGGUAGACUGUCUCCUCUCCCUUCUUUCUCCAAGCACCGACGCCAAGAAGAAUAAAGAGCACUACAUCCUUGCCACUGCCGAUCCCCCGGCUGCAAAGAAAGCCGACAAGGCAGAUAACCCGGCACAGCGCAAACGCAAGCGCGAUGACGAGCGCGAAGAGGAGCGCGCACUGCGCCGCUCCCGUGCUUUGCGCUCAGGCGCACGUUCUAUUCCUGGUGUACCAAUCAUCUAUGUCAAGCGGUCCGUCAUGGUUCUCGAGCCGCUAAGCACUCACUCGGAGACUGUGCGGGAAGGUCAUGAGAAGGGCAAGUUCCGAGCUGGAUUGGAUGAUCCUAAUGCUGGGGAAAAGAGAAAGUUCGACGGGGAGGGCGCUGAGGGUGGAGAGCGGAAGAAAAUCUCUGGUAUGAAGAAGGCCAAGGGUCCGAAUCCGUUGAGUAUGAAGAAGUCGAAGAAGCAGAAUGAUGCCGGUGCGACUAAGAAGGACAAGGCGCGUUCUGAACAGGCUAAGAACGCUGAUGCUGGUGCCGACGCUGCUGAGGGCGAGGAGUCUGGUGCAGCUAAGCCUAAGCGGAGACGUCGUCACCAUAAGGGCGGUGGUGAUUUCGAUGGUGCCCCGGUUGCUGAGACUGGCCAGGAUAUGGAAGUAGAAUAA